AUGGCGGACGCUCUUGACGAUAUGCUUGUAAUACAGGCCAAUUUAUUACUGGUCAUAACACUUUUGCGAAGAAAAAAACAACUUUUACAACGGAAACCAUACAAGAAGAAGCGUUUUUGGGUGCGGCAAAUAUUCGAACGGCGCAAAACACUCGGGCAGUACAACACUCUCGUACAAGAGCUCAGAUUUCACGAUCGCGAAUAUUUCUUCAGAUUCCUGAGAAUGAGCCCUGAUCGAUUUGAAAAUUUACUUCAGCUUAUUGCACCCCACAUAACAAAGAGCUGUAGGGGUCGUGAACCGAUCUCAGCCUCUGAAAGACUAACGAUAACGCUUCGUUACCUGGCAAGCGGAGAGUCUCAACAGUCUUUGUCCUUUAACUUUCGAGUUGGAAGGACCACUGUCAAUAACAUUAUUAAAGAAACAUGUGAAGCGAUUUGGUGUGCUUUAAAUGACAUAUAUCUCAAAGCCCCUCAAAACCAACAGGAUUGGAUGAAAAUUGGUGAAGGAUUUUUCAAAGAAUGGGAUUUUCCAAAUUGCCUUGGGGCCCUUGAUGGUAAGCACAUCGCCAUUGAAUGCCCAGGUUAUAGUGGAUCGGAGUACUUCAAUUAUAAAGGUUUUUUCAGCAUUGUUCUGAUGGCCAUGUGCGAUGCAAAGUAUUGUUUCACACUAGUGGACGUUGGGAAUUAUGGAAAAGAUAAUGACGCCCAAAUAUUCAACAACUCUGAAAUGGGACGAGCUUUCAUAAAUAAUGAAAUAGACAUCCCACCUGCCAAAUCAACACAUGGCCAUGUUCUUCCACAUGUAAUAAUUGCAGAUGAAAUAUUUGGUUUGAAAAAAUGGCUAAUGAAACCAUUUCCUGGAAAAGGUUUAACUGAAACACAGGCAAUCUUUAACUACAGGCUCAGCAGAGCUAGAAGGACAAUAGAGAAUGCUUUUGGCAUUUUAUCAGCAAGAUGGCGCAUUUUCCUCAAACCCAUUAAAGCUAAUCCUACCUUGGUAGACAACAUAGUAAAAGCUUGUCUUUGUCUUCAUAACUACCUAAGACUUACAGACAAUGCUCGGUAUAUUCCGACUGGGUUUGUAGAUUCAGAGGAUAGUUCCGGUAAGAUCAUACAAGGUGAUUGGCGGUCAUUGGUGGUUAAUGAAGGAGCAUUACUCCCAACAGCAACAGGCCGUGCAUUUAACAGAUCCUCUGCAGGUGCAAAACAGACUCAAGAUUUAUUUAAAAAGUACUUUAACAGCCAAGAAGGGUCAUUGAGUUGGCAGCAAGCUUAUGUUAAUAGUUUUUGACAAUUAUAAACAGAUAAUUUACUAAUAUAAUUUUCAAAAGGAUGUCCCACAAAA